CCCCGACUUUUCUUCCCUCCCCCCCCUCUCUUUCGAAUGGCGCUGAGCAAGUGAAGCAAUCGCCACCGUCUGCCGAUUCAAUUCACCCCCCUCCCUUCUCUUCACACACACACACGAAUGGCCACUAAAGUCGCCACGAUGCUUGCUGCUGCUGCUGCAGCAACGGCGCCCAGCCGGGUGAGAGGCGACGGAGACGAGCGGAGGAGCUGCGCCGGCGACAGCGGCGAGCAGCCGGCGGCGGCGGCGGCGGCGGUCUCCACCCGGGAAGGAGGCGCGACCCCGGGCCGGGCUGCUCAGGCGAGGCCGCAGGCUGCAGGAGGAGCCGUAGGCCGCGCUCCGGGAAACCCGUGGGGAGAGACGCAGCUCUCCUCGCAUGCCAAGCCGCUGAAGACGCCGAAGGCCAAGAGAGGGGGCAAGGGCGGCGGUGACCUGGAAGACGUCGCCAGCUGGCCCACACUCGGGGAGAUCGUCGUCUCAGAGGCUCCGCCGGACAAGGCGACGCGCAGGGAGCGGAAGCCCGAGAGCGUCGCCGCCGUGGCCGUCUCCGCCACCGUGGCCGCCGACUGCGACGACGAAGCUCGCCUCGACGGAGCCGACGCUCGCGACGCUCGGGACGCUCGCGACGCUCGCGACGCUCGGGACGCUCGCGAGGACGCCAAGCAGCCCCGCUCGCCCGUGGCACGCAGGAGAGGAGGGAAGCAGAAGUGGAUUCCGCUGAGCCUGGACGGGCCAUUGCGGUCGCAGAGCGGAGGUCAGCGCGGUGGCACCGGACGAUCGGCCUCCGACUCGGCCGCCCCUCGCAGACCGGACGACUCCAAGAGCUGGCGCCGCAGCGAAGGGCUGGAGGAUGCUGGCUCCGCGCGGGGAGGCGGUGGUGGCGGUGCCGGAGGGGCCUACCGCGGUCGGGGGAGGGGCAGCCGGGCCAGGGGGAGGGCCCGGGGCCGAGGGAACCCCCGCGUCCACUACGACCACCGCUACGGGGGGGUCGUACCUUUCCUGGGCGGCGUGGGCGGCGGAAAGAACGGGCGCCCCGCCGUGGGCACGGAGCCUCUGUUCGUCGUGGGCGGCGCCACCGCCGGCGCCAACCCCCCACCGCACGGAGGAGCCCUCUACUCCGUGGACGAGACGCUGCUCAAGGAGUACAUCAAGCGGCAGAUAGAGUACUACUUCAGCCCGGAGAACCUGGAACGGGACUUCUUCCUGCGACGGAGGAUGGACCCCCAGGGCUUCCUGCCGCUGUCGCUCGUCUCCAGCUUCUACCGCGUGCAGACGCUCACCACGGACGUGAAGCUCAUCCUGGAGGCGCUGGAGGACAGCGUGGAGGUGGAGAUGCGGGACGGGCGCCUGCGGUGCCGCGUGGCCCCCGAGGUGUGGCCCCUACCCCCCAGCGAGGGCUGCCCCACCGACUUCACCCUCCUACUGCACUGCCCCGAGUUCGUGCCCAAGCAGGCGGCACGGGUCAUCACAGAGUCGGCCCCCAGCUCUCCGCGCGCCAGCCCGGUCCGCGGCGGCCCGGCAGGCGCUGGCGACGUGGGGGGCCCGCUGUGCUCCCUCUCCCGCGGCCUCUCCACCAGCCUGCCAGACCUCGACUCGGAGCCCUGGAUCGAGGUCAAGAAGAAGCACCGACCCUCGCCAGCUCGUGAGCGGGCGAAUGCCGAUGGCGGCAGUGGCUCCCGAACGUCACCGGAGGGAACGUCUCCCCGAUCGCGCGAGCACCGGAGCUCGCACCGGAGCUCGCACAGCAGAAAGCAGCAGCAGCAGCACGAUCAUCAUCAGAGUCGCAGCCAGACGCCCAGCCAGGCGCGCUCGCACCGCGACGGCGAGCGUCCCGACGACAAGGAGGAGCUCGACUUCCUCUUCGACGAGGAGCUCCUGGAGCAGCAGCCGAUGGACGGCCGGCGGAACCACUUCACGGACCCGGACUCGGACUGGGACUCGGACUACGAGAUUGACGACAGCGACGUCAACAAGAUCCUCAUCGUGACGCAGACGCCGCCCCACCUGCGGCGCCACCCCGGCGGCGACCGCACGGGCAACCACGUGUCGCGCGCCAAGAUCACGUCGGAGCUCGCCAAGGCCAUCAACGACGGCCUCUACUACUACGAGCAGGAGAUGUGGAGGGAGGAGAUGGAGCCCGAGUACGCGCAGAUGAAGCAAGAGAUUGAAAACUUCCGCAAGCUCACCAUGAUCAGCCAGGAGGAGUUCGAGACCCUGGCUCCCGAGCCUCCCGUGGAUCCUUACCAGGAGGUGCCCCCGGGCCCCCCAAAGCAGCAGCCAGCGCCCACAGACGAGCUGGCGACGCGUCUGUUCGGCGCCGCCGGGCCCCCAUCUCCCGGCCUGGCUCGCUCCCUCCCCACGGCCGUGCCGGAGUCGCCGGCCAGGAGGCCUCCGCGCACUCCGCGCACUCCGCGCACCCCCCGCGUCAUGGACCCCGGCAAGACGCCGCGCUUCUACCCCGUGGUGAAGGAGGGCCGCGCCAUCGACAACCAGACCCCUCGCAAGAAGAAGACGCGGCACAGCACGAACCCACCGCUGGAGAGCCACGUGGGCUGGGUGAUGGACGCGCGCGAGCACCUGCCACGAGGCUCGGCCGCUGGCGCGAGCGCCAGCCCCGCGGAUGGCGUCGGGACGCCGGCCCCGGGCAGCCAGAGUGGCACGCCGCAGUCGCUGCCCAAGUUCCAGCACCCGUCUCACGAGCUGCUCAAAGACAGCGGCUUCACGCAGCAGGUCUACCACAAGUACCACCGCAAGUGCCUCAACGAGCGCAAGCGACUUGGCGUGGGCCAGUCUCAGGAGAUGAACACGCUCUUCCGCUUCUGGUCGUUCUUCCUGCGCGACCACUUCAACCGCCGCAUGUACGAGGAGUUCCGGCAGCUGGCGCUGGAGGAGGCGAGGGAGGGAUACAGGUAAUCUUGAAAAAAAAUGUUUGCUUUAACAUGUAGGAGGCCUUCGCAACCAAUGUCAUCCAUAAUACAGGUUUUUUUGGGUUAGAUCGCGUAAACACAUAUAUCCAUAAUACAGGUUUUUUGGGUUAUAGCGCAUUAAAAAAAUAUGUCAAUAAUACACGUUUUUU